UGCAGCAAGUAGUGAAGGAUUUUGAGUCUGUUGAGGUGCGCAUCAGAGAUCUGCAAAUGAUGAGAUAUACAGCCUCAAUUGAUGAUGCUUCUUCUUUUUCUUCUUCAUCACCACCUUGUUUACAGCUACAGAACUAUGAUUUAGAGAAUACACUGAUUGGAAUCGAAGAUGGUGUUGAGGAAAUAAAAGGCAUGCUCCUCAUUCAAACUUCUUCAUCCACUCAACUACAAGUCGUUUCAAUUAUGGGAACUAUGGGGACAGGUAACCAUCUAUUGUGUCUCACUUCGACAUUCAAGCAUGGGCGAUGGUUGUAGGUCACAAACACAGUACUAGAAAUCUACUCAUUCAUAUUUUAAGUUGUAUUGUGUCAUUGAGCAAUGAAGAAAUCUCCAAACAAGAUGAUGAGCAGCUAGCACAGCAACUCCGCAAACUUCUGAUGGGCCAAAGGUAUUUCAUUGUCAUUGAUAACCUUUGGUCCACAACGGGAUGGUAUGAAUUGAGUACAGCUUUUCCAGAUGAUAGAAAUGGAAGCCGAAACAACUUUUCUGAAAGCUCGAAUUUAUUAAGCAAAACUGUAACGUCUAUUGGAAAAUGGUGUCUACCCCCUGAGUUGGAGUUAAUAGGGAGACAAAUUGUUGAGAAAUGUAUGGGAUUGCCACUGGUAAUUGUUUUGAUUGGUGUGUUGGCAAAUGGAUUAAUUUGGCAGCAGCCACAUUGGUUAGGCAAGUUGCAAAGUUUGAUCAAGAAUGUUAGGCAAGUUCAAGAGUUAGGCACCUACAAAUGGGAGGAUAUUCUGUUAUUCAUUCCAUCAUGCCACUAUCCUUCUGAGCUCUUGCAUUGCACAUUUGAACUUUGCUAUAACUAUUUGCCUACUCACCUAAAACCUUGUUUUCUUUAUUUCGGAGUUUUUCCUGCAAAUAUUGAAAUUCAUGUGGAAAAGUUGAUAAAUUUAUGGGUGGCUGAAAGAUUUUUAAACCCAGAGAUGAACAAGGACAAGAGUUUAGAAGAGAUAGCUAAGGAUUAUUUGUUCGAUCUUAUUAAUAGAAGGCUAGUUCAAGUUAAAAAGAGGAGUUUGGAUAGAAAAAUCAAAUCAUGUAUGCUUCAUGAUAUGUUACGUGAUUUUUGCUUCACAAAAUCAAUUGAGAAGGAUAUUAAUAUGGUUGGUAGGACGAAAAAUAAGUUUCUUGAAGGGCGUCGUUGGCUCCAAAGUUUGCAAACUCUCAUUCUAUCUACGUGGACAAAAGAGUAUCAAUUGCAACUGCCAUGUGAUGUUUUAGAUUUGCCAUGGUUAAGGCAUGUGCGCUUUGACAAGGGAUCUUCAUCUUAUCUCCCAAACUUGGUUCAAGAAAACUUACAAACUCUUUCAUGGCUCAAAGUUACCGGCGGGGACUCAAGAGCAACAAACUUUACAAAAGUUCCAAACUUGAAGGAGUUAGGAAUGUACAUUGAAGGUGAAGUAUUGCCUAAUGCUCUUGACAGUCUUGCUCAGUUACAUCAACUUGAGAAGUUAAAGGUUAAAAUGGGAAGGGCGGAACGGUUUAAUCUCCCAAAUUGUUUUCCAUCAAAUCUCAAGCAAUUGACCCUUAGUAAUACGUACCUUUCAUGGGAAGAUAUGAACAUUAUUGGCCAGUUACCCAACCUUGAUUUACUCAAAUUGAAAGAUUUUGCUGUUUGUGGCCCAGAGUGGACACCAAGGGAUGGGGAGUUUCUACAACUAAGGUUCUUUCUUAUUGAGCGCUCUGAUCUUGAACAUUGGAAUGCAAAUGCAAACCAUUUCCCAGCUUUGGAGCAUCUAAUUCUAAGAUAUUGUUGGGACUUGGAAAAACUUCCAAAUGAUUUUAAGAAGGUUUGUACAUUGCGAUUAAUUGAGUUAGGCAAUUGUUGUUCUGUGACUUCAGCAAAGGCG